AUGACGGCAAGUAUACAGCUGCCCGGGCGUGACAUGAUCGACCUGAACAAGACUAUUGUCGUGGUUGGCUACUCUGAGCUAGGACCCUGGGGUAGUGCCCGCACACGCUGGGACAUGGAGCGAGCCGGAGAUCUCAGUCCCGAGGGGUACGUCGAGAUGGCCUGGAUCAUGGGUUUGGUUAAGCACUUCGAGGGCGACCAGCAGGGAUCUCCCUACGUAGGCUGGGUCGACACCAAAUCCAACCAGCCUGUGCACGAGGCCGACUUCGCAGAGAAGUAUGGCGAAUAUAUCCACGAACACGCGGGUUUGCGCUUCAUCGAGCCAGAACUCUACGAUGGCUACGAUCCUGCCAAGAAGGAAUUUCUGCAGGAGGUGGUGGUGCAGGAGGAUCUACCUGUCUUUCAGGCGACUCGUGCUGUCGCUACCGCAUUCAAGACAAAGCAUGGCGACAAGGUCUCGAUCUCUGCAGCUGGAGAAGAUGGGGAGGAGUACAAUGUACAAUUCAAGCCCGGAGCACGGUUCUUGGUGCCAAAGGCGCAGCCGUUCGACCGACUAGUGUCGGGCCAGCUGCCUACUGGAUGGGAUCCAAAGGCGUAUGGUAUCCCAGCGGACAUUGUCUCGCAGGUAGAUCCGAUCACGUUGUAUGUCUUGUGCUGUGUGUGUCAAGCCAUGUUGAGCGCCGGCAUCCAGGACCCCUACGAGCUGUACCGACACAUGCACGUCUCGGAGCUGGCCAAUUGCAUUGGCACGGGCGCAGGUGGAUUGAUCGCCAUGCGUGGUGUGUACCGCGAUCGGUAUCUCGACCGCGACGUGCAGAAUGAUAUCCUGCAAGAGUCGUUCCCCAAUGCCAUGGAUGCCUGGGCGAACAUGCUGCUCAUGGGUGCGGCGGGUCCCAUCAAGUCCCCAUCAGGAACAUGCGCCACCGCCAUUGAAUCGCUGGACACGGCUUGUGAGGGCAUUCAGGCCGGCAAGGUCAAAGUGGCCCUGGUGGGUGGCACAGAUGACCUGCAGGAGGAGAUGUCGUACGAGUUCGCAAAUAUGAAGGCGACAGCCAACACAGUGGAGGAGCUGGCACGCGGUCGUACUCCACGAGAAAUCUCUCGCCCGACGGCUAGUUCCCGCGCAGGAUUUGUCGAGUCUGCUGGAUGCGGUGUACAGGUGCUCAUGACGGCACAGUUGGCGCUCGAGAUGGGAGUGCCCAUCUACGGCAUCGUCGCGUACUCGCAAAUGGCGGGCGACAAGAUCGGUCGCUCUGUGCCUGCACCAGGCAAGGGCAUCCUGACCGCUGCCCGUGAAUCGACUACCGCAUCGCUGUCACCUCUUCUGGAUGCCACAUUCCGCCAGAAGCAGUUUGAAGAGCUGCGAACGCAGAUCCAGCAGGGGGCGGCUCGCCAGCUUCAGCAGGCCCGGCAGGAUGGCCAGCUCUCGCCACACCUAGCCCAGGUCAUCGACAGGGCUGCAGCAUCACAGAUUCGUCAGGCCCAGAAUCUCUACGGGCUAGACCUACGACAGCAAGAACCCGGCAUCUCACCCAUUCGCGCAGCGCUGGCUGUAUGGGGUCUUACCGUCGAUGAUAUCGCGGUGGCCUCAUUCCACGGCACUUCCACCAAGGCCAACGACAAGAAUGAGUCGGAGGUGAUCAACACAAUGAUGAGCCAUCUCGGCCGCACCAAGGGUAAUCCAGUUAUGGUCGUGUGCCAGAAGUACUUAACGGGCCACCCCAAGGGUGCCGCAGGAGCAUGGAUGCUGAACGGAGGCCUGCAGAUCCUGCAGUCAGGAAUCGUGCCAGGCAACCGCAACGCAGACAACGUCGACUCGGUCCUGCAGCAGUUCGACCAUCUCGUGUAUCCUGCUGAGUCCAUUCAGACACGCGGCGUGCGAGCCUUCAUGCUCACCUCCUUCGGAUUCGGCCAGAAGGGCGGUCUGGUGGUGGGAGUGUCUCCGCGCUAUCUCUUUGCCGCGGUGGAUCGGACGCCCUACGAGGCGUAUCGCGUCAAGGCCCUCCGACGCUGUGAGAUGGCCAACCGUGCCUUUAUCGAGGGGCUCAACACGAACAGUCUGUUCCAGGCCAAGGCAUCGUCCGCCUGGGCCGCCGAGGACGAGAUGCGAGUGUUCUUAGAUCCAUAUGCGCGGGUUGCCGUUGACGACGGCAGCUACUAUUUCGAUGCAAAAUGUCUGCAUCCUGAUUCAGAGGACUCAAUAUCUGAGACGAGCUCCGGUGUGCUAACUGCCGUGGAGACGCCCUCAACGCCUACCAGCGAGCCGCUGAUGGACGCAUGUCAGAAAUGGGUGGAGGCGGCUGUGUCGACGGACGGAACGACCUCGGUAGGUGUGGACAUUGAGUCUGUGACUGCUAUCAAUGUCGAGAACGAUGUAUUCCUGGAGCGGAACUACACUGAAGCCGAGAGGGAGUAUUGCCAUGCUGCACCAGAUCCGGCACACUCGUUUGCAGGCCGUUGGGCAGCCAAGGAGGCCGUGUUCAAGAGUUUGCAGGUGCCGUCCAAGGGAGCAGGGGCUCCGCUCAACGAUAUUGAGAUUCUCAGUGAUGGUGGGAUUCCAACUGUUCAUCUACAUGGUGAGAUCAAGAAGCUCGCUGAAGAGAAGCAGCUGGCCAAGGUUCAGGUCAGUAUUAGCCACUCGGGCGAGCUUGCCAUGGCGGUGGCUGCGACUACGUUUGGUCCUGCUGAGAAGGAGUGA